CAAAUAGAAGAAGAAGAAGAACCGAAGCAACCGACCUGGAAGCAGUGCGCUCGUUCAGGAGAAACAUAAAACGCACUUUGAAACACGCUGACGGACAGAAACAGCAUCAAGAGAUGGUUGAUCGGUUUGGAACGUCCCUACGAGUAAAAGAGCAGCCUUGUGUUGAACCAGCAGAAGUUCCCUGUGACGUCUGUACUGGGACCCAGCUGAAGGCCGUGAAGUCCUGCCUAAUGUGUCUUAUCUCUUACUGCCAAACCCAUCUGGAGCCACACCAGAGAGUCGCAGGCCUGAAGAAACAUCGGCUGGUCGAGCCUAUGGACCGUCUGGACGACAGGAUGUGUAAGAAACACGACCGACUUCUGGAGCUCUUCUGCAAGACUGAACAGGUGUGUGUGUGUCAGUUCUGCACAGAGACGGACCACAAGUCACAUCCUGUUAUACCUCUAAAGGAGGAAUAUGAAGUGAAGACGGCCCAGCUGGGGAAGAUAGAGGCUGAAGUUAAACAGUUGAUCCUGGAGAGACAAAAAAAUAUUCUGGCGAUUAAAGACACAGUUCGCUGCAUUGAAAAGUGCCAGGAUGAUCUCAACCAAAUGGUUAAAGAGAAACUGAAAUCCACAGAGAAACAAGCUGAAGACCUCAUCAAAGGGCUGGAGCAGGAAAUAGAAGAUCUGACCAAUAGAAGCUCAGAGAUGAAGGAGCUCUCACAGACUAAAGACCACCUCCACUUCCUCCAGACCUUCAGAUCCCUGAAGGAUCCUCCACCCACCAGGGACUGGACCACGGUGGAGGUCCGUCCUCCGUCAUACGCAGGGACCUUGAGGAGAUCCCUGGAUCAGCUGGAGGAGACACUGAACAUGGAGAUGGAGAAGCUGAGUGAUGCUGAACUGAAGGGGGUCCAGCAGUAUGAAGUAGAUGUGACUCUGGAUCCUGAUACAGCUCAUCCCAAGCUCAUCCUGUCUGAGGAUGGGAAACGAGUACAUGAUGGAGGUGUAAAGAAGGAACUCCCAGACAACCCUAAGAGAUUUACACAGUGUAUAUCUUUACUCACAAGGCAGAGCUUCUCCUCAGGGAGAUUUUACUUUGAGGUCCAGGUUAAAGACAAGACUCUCUGGUCUUUAGGAGUGGCCAGAGAGUCCAUCGACAGAAAAGAUUGGACAGAUCGGACCCCUGAGACGGGUUACUGGACUCUUCUCUACUACCAGGAUGUGUUGGUAUUUAGAGAUAACCCUGAUGUCCGUCUCCCUCUGAGAGCUGAGCUCCAGAAGGUGGGGGUGUUUGUUGAUUAUGAUGAGGGUGUGGUCUCCUUCUAUGAUGUGGAAGCCAGGGUUCAUCUCUACUCUGCUACUGGCUGCACCUUCAGUGAGCCUCUCUAUCCAUUCCUCAGCCCAAGUCGCCAUGAUUACAGAGGUAACAACUCCGCCCCCCUGAUCAUCUCACCUGUCAAUCAAACAGGAAUGGCCUCUGCAAACACCUCCUGGCCUGAAGAGAACUUUUCAUGUUCCAUAUGUCUGGAUGUGUUCAGCAGCCCAGUUUCCACACCAUGCGGACACAACUUCUGCAGAACCUGUAUUACUAAGUUCUGGGAUAAACAAGUCAGGUACAAAUGUCCCGUUUGCAACGAGCUUUUCAACACAAGACCUGAUUUACGGGUCAAUAUCCUAAUUUCAGAGAUAGUUGAUCGGUUUGGAACGUCCCUACGAGUAAAAGAGCAGCCUUGGGUUGAACGAGCAGAAGUUCCCUGUGACGUCUGUAAUGGGACCCAGCUGAAGGCCGUGAAGUCCUGCCUAGUGUGUCUUACCUCUUACUGCCAAAGCCACCUGAAGCCACAUCAGAGAGUCGCAGGCCUGAAGAAACAUCGGCUGGUCGAGCCUAUGGACCGUCUGGACGACAGGAUGUGUAAGGAACACGACCGACUUCUGGAGCUCUUCUGCAAGACUGAACAGGUGUGUGUGUGUCGGUUGUGCACAGUGACGGACCACAAGUCACAUCCUGUUAUACCUCUAAAGGAGGAAUAUGAAGUGAAGACGGCCCAGCUGGGGAAGAUAGAGGCUGGAGUUAAACAGUUGAUCAAGGAGAGACAAAAAAAUAUUCAGGACAUUAAAGACACAGUUAAACGCAGCAAAGCAGAUGCAGACAGAGAGAUAACUGAUGGUGUGCAGGUCCUCACUGCUCUGAUGCGCUGCAUUGAAAAGUGCCGGGAUGAUCUCAACCAAAUGGUGGAAGAGAAACUGAAAUCCACAGUGAAACAAGCUGAAGACCUCAUCAAAGGGCUGGAAAGGGAAAUAGAAGAUCUGACCAAUAGAAGCUCAGAGGUGAAGCAGCUCUCACACACUAAAGACCACCUCCACUUCCUCCAGGCCUUCAGAUCCCUGAAGGAUCCUCCACCCCCCAGGGACUGGACGACAGUCGAGGUCCGUCCUCUGUCAUACGUAGGGACCUUGAGGAGAUCCCUGGAUCAGCUGGAGGAGACACUGAACAUGGAGAUGAAGAAGCUGCGUGAUGCUGAACUGAAGAGGGUCCAGCAGUAUGAAGUAGAUGUGACUCUGGAUCCUGAUACAGCUUAUCCCUGGCUCACCCUGUCUGAGGAUGGGAAACACGUACAUGAUGGAGGUGUGAGGAAGAGACUCCCAGACAACCCUAAGAGAUUUACACCGUGUACAUUUGUUCUCACGAGGCAGAGCUUCUCCUCAGGGAGAUUUUACUUUGAGGUCCAGGUUAAAGACAAGACUCUAUGGUGGUUAGGAGUGGCCAGAGAGUCCAUCAACAGAAAAGGUUGGACCACGUGGACCCCUGAGACGGGUUACUGGACUCUUUACUACUACCAGGAUGGGUUGGUAUUUAGAGAUGACCCUGCUGUCCGUCUCCCUCUGAGAGCUGAGCUCCAGAAGGUGGGGGUGUUUGUUGAUUAUGAUGAGGGUCUGGUCUCCUUCUAUGAUGUGGAAGCCAGGGUUCAUCUCUACUCUGCUACUGGCUGCACCUUCAGUGAGCCUCUCUAUCCAAUCCUCGACCCAGGUCCCCAUGAUUUCGGAGGUAACAACUCCGCCCCCCUCAUCAUCUCACCUGUCAAACCAAAACAACUAAUGUUGUUUCCUGAAUUAGAAUCUCUACUAUUGGAGAGGAAACGAAACUUAAGGUUCAGAUCAACCAAAGCACCCGACGUGGAAGCAGUUCUCUCGGUCAGGAGAAAAAUAAAACGCAUUUUGAAACACGCUGACGGACUGAAACAACAUCAAGGAAUGGCCUCUGCUAACACCUCCUGGCCUGAAGAGAACUUUUCAUGUUCCAUCUGUCUGGAUGUGUUCAGCAGCCCAGUUUCCACACCAUGUGGACACAACUUCUGCAGAGCCUGUAUUACUAAGUUCUGGGAUGGACAAGUCAAGUACAAAUGUCCCGUUUGCAAUGAGCUUUUUUACACAAGACCUGAUUUACGGGUCAAUAUCCUCUUUUCAGAGAUGGUUGAUCGGUUUGGAACGUCCCUACGAGUAAAAGAGCAGCCUUGUGUUGAACCAGCAGAAGUUCCCUGUGACGUCUGUACUGGGACCCAGCUGAAAGCCGUGAAGUCCUGCCUAAUGUGUCUUACCUCUUACUGCCAAACCCACCUGGAGCCACACCAUAGAGUCGCAGGCCUGAAGAAACAUCGGCUGGUCGAGCCUAUGGACCGUCUGGACGACAGGAUGUGUAAGAAACACGACCGACUUCUGGAGCUCUUCUGCAAGACUGAACAGGUUUGUGUGUGUCAGUUCUGCACAGAGACGGACCACAAGUCACAUCCUGUUAUUCCUCUGAAGGAGGAAUAUGAAGUGAAGACGGCCCAGCUGGGGAAGAUAGAGGCUGAAGUUAAGCAGUUGAUCCAGGAGAGACAAAAGAAUAUUCAGGAGAUUAAAGACACAGUUAAACGCAUCAAAGUAGACGCAGACAGAGAGAUAGCUGACGGUGUGCAGGUACUCACUGCUCUGAUGCGCCGCAUUGAAAAGUGGCAGGAUGAUCUCAACCAAAUGGUGAAAGAGAAACUGAAAUCCACAGUGAAACAAGCUGAAGACCUCAUCAAAGAGUUGGAGCAGGAAAUAGAAGAUCUGACCAAUAGAAGCUCAGAGGUGAAGCAGCUCUCACACACUAAAGACCACCUCCACUUCCUCCAGGCCUUCAGAUCCCUGAAGGAUCCUCCACCCACCAGGGACUGGACCACGGUGGAGGUCCGUCCUCCGUCAUACGUAGGGACCUUGAGGAGAUCCCUGGAUCAGCUGGAGGAGACACUGAACAUGGAGAUGAAGAAGCUGCAUGAUGCUGAACUGAAGAGGGUCCAGAAGUAUGAAGUAGAUGUGACUCUGGAUCCUGAUACAGCUUAUCCCUGUCUCAUCCUGUCUGAGGAUGGGAAACAAGUACAUGAUGGAGGUGUGUGGAAGGAACUCCCAGACAACCCUAAGAGAUUUAAACUGUAUUCAUGUGUUCUCACGAGGCAGAGCUUCUCCUCAGGGAGAUUUUACUUUGAGGUCCAGGUUAAAGAUAAGUCUGCAUGGUGGUUAGGAGUGGCCAGAGAGUCCAUCAACAGAAAAGGUGGGACAGUGUGGACCCCUGAGACGGGUUGCUGGACUCUUUGGUGCUACAAUAAUGGGUUGGUAUUCAGAGAUGACCCUUCUGUCCGUCUCCCUCUGAGAGCUGGGCUCCAGAAGGUGGGGGUGUUUGUUGAUUAUGAUGAGGGUCUGGUCUCCUUCUAUGAUGUGGAAGCCAGGGUUCAUCUCUACUCUGCUACUGGCUGCACCUUCAGUGAGCCUCUCUAUCCAUUCCUCAACCCAUGCCUCCGUGAUUAUAAAGGUAACAACUCCGCCCCCCUCAUCAUCUCACCUGUCAAUCAAACAGACUAG